AACAAGAGAGAAAAUAUGGAAAUUUGCGGACAUGGAGUACAAGGGGACCAAAGAUGUGGUAUCCGUUACUCUGCCUGCCUUCAAGGAUAGAUUCAGUUUAUUUGAACUUGAAAUGCCUGCAAACAUACCUAAGGAAACUGCUCUAAAGGUAGCUCAAUCCUGCCAUGAACAAAUGUUUAAGACCCCGGUGAGAAUGAUUGUACGGCAGCAUGUAGUUAAUCCCCAAAAAGCGUUAGUUAUGGUCGCAGGCAGUAAACUUGUGAAGAGUUUCAUUGAUCAAAUGAGGAAUGAUGGGUACAGUUGUGGUCCUGAUGUAACCAAGCAGUUUCUGCUAAGAGACGGACAAAGGUUGAUACUGACCUGCGCUGGAAACAUUGCUACAUCGUCAGGAAAGAAAGGGAUGGUCAAGAUAACAUACUUCACCUAUAUGAACGAGAUAAAAGAACCUCUGCAGUUACACGUGAUCGACAUGUACAAGCAAAGGGAACUCCAGGAAUAUCGAGGGAUCGUUCGUCUGACAGUCGAUAAUGGGACAGAGUUUCCAGACGAACAAUUUGAUUUGAUUGUCACACUUCCAAAGAUUGAGAGACAAAAGACGAUAUUUCAAGGGACACGCGUUCGAUUUCCGUACUAUCUCACCACCCUGGCUGGUUUUCUGAGCCGACAAGUUUGUGAAAAUGAUGAACACUCUUGGAAGGAUGUCCUCCUUAGAAUUGUGGGUAAUAAACGUGAAUUGGAGUCCUUAAUCCGGGUUGCAAAGAGAAAAGUUGAAGACGACAACGAUGCACCUUCUGUGUGCAGAGUUACUCUGUGUGAUUGGAUGAAGGCAACUUCGAAAAACGACGAUAAGGUUCAUCACAUUUUAGAUAUGCUUGACCAUCACAGCCUCCAUGAUUUACAUAAUAAAUGCAGUGCAUUUGUACAGUUCCAGAAAGAGGUGAUGACGGACACCGCUCUUUCGGAAAUAUCGUCAACAACUAGCAAAUCUGCUAAUGAUUUGGCAGUGGACCUGAAUUUGGAUAAAAAGGCUGUUGACAGAUGCAGAAAGGAAUAUGGACAGGACAAUUUAGUUCUUCAUCUUUUGUACGAGUGGAGGGAAUCGGAUGAAGCCAUCAAGUAUGGCGAUCGGGCCUUGGAUAGGCUACGGUCACUGUGUGGUGUAUGAACUUGGGUAUUUCAAGCACAAGUAACGCGGAAGAUUAGAUGCCACCUCUGAAUGUUUCUAUAAUCGAAUGUUUUCCCUUUCAACCAGUAUCGCAUAAAAUGUUCUUGGUGCGUUUCACACGCGAAACAGAAACACGGAAGACAUCCAUAUUUACGCUUUUGCGAAAAUAACAAACAAUAUUUACAAGGUUUUACUCUUUUUUAUUGUGAUUAUCACACCAGUGAUAUUCUGUUGAUUAAUUUGAAAUCACCAGAGUCCGCUGUAUGGCAAUUUUAAUGCAUAUAAACAAAAAUUCUUAGCUAUUGGUUUUUCGUUGUGUGUUACUGUUACUGUCUUGUCU